AAUUCCUUUGAACCAAACCAUAUAAAAACAACUUUGCUAGAGAACUGGAUCUUUCAUAACUUGACAGUCAAUAAAACAAGCCAAAGCAUUCAAGGCCUGCUGUGGUUUUUCUCUAAACUUGAAAAGCAAAACUUUGGGAGGGCUGUUCUGUAAAUAAUAACACUAGUUUCAUAAGUCCUAAAACGACAUCGUUACGAACCGUAGUCAAAAACCCUUUAGGCUUUUUAGCUUAGCAGCGCUUGAGAGACGUCAAGAGUUUGAGAAGGAAUACAAAAAAAAAAUGGUGAAAUCUAAGAAAGAAGAUCUAAAUCAGUUUCUGAUUUCUCACCUCAACACCAUCUAUGAUACUCUCCAGUUGUUCGAUCGAACAGCGUCUCCUACAGUGGAGAAAGUUAACUGGAACGACGUUAUUCAGAUGUCUGAUCACCUCUCUAAACAAGCCACCAUAGUGGGAAUGCUAUGGACUGGAGAAUCUCCAAAAGCUGAAUCACUUAAAGAGACAAUGGAGUCUUACUUCAAUGCUCUUCAAGGUUUUUUCCUUUGUUGCCCUGGAAGCACAGUCGGUGCUGGUCCUACUUUGUCUUCAAUCAUACAUGUUUCUGUUAAACAAAUCGUCGAUUCCAGCUUCAGAUUGUUGCAGGGUUCUGUCUCUCUAUACGAGGGAUCAUAUGAAAAGGAUAAGAAGCCAUCUAUUCCUCAGCUUUCGGGAGUGGUUUGGGAGGCAUGCUCCAGUUUCAAGAAGGUUCCUGCAACAAACAUUACUGCCAUUGGCAGGGCUAUUACACAAGUUGCAGUCUCCAUGAAGGAUGUUCUUAGGGAGAUGAAAGAAGUGAAGCCAGCUGAAUGUGAGGCAUCUGGUGAUAAUAUGUCAGAUGAUGAUGAUGAUGAUGAUGACGAUUUAGGCGAUGAUUUGUCUCCUGAAGAAAUGGAAGUUGCUACAAUGGUUGGUGAGAUUGUGUCUGAGACAAUCACGGUGAUAAAAGAACUCAUUAGAGUUAUCACUAGCAUGAUUAAGCUGGAGAAUCCAAAGGAUAACAGCGGGUUCGUGGAGUCGCUUGAGAAGCUACUGAAGCUGUGUAAAGGAACCGGAGUACAAAUCGAUGAGCUUGGAGCUUGCGUCUAUCCACCUCAGGAGAUAGACAAAAUGAAGCAAACUGUGAAGAUAAUACUUGGAAAUCUCGACGAAGUUGAGGCUGAAGUUAAGUGUUUGAAGAGUUCCACAGAUGGGUUUACGGGUGCUUGCGGUAAGCUGCGAAACUCGUUGAAACACAUGGAAACUGAAUUGGACAAAAGAUCUGAAGCUGAGCUAGUAGUUGAAAUGGAGAAUGUUACUAUUGGCAAUUAGAAAGUUUGGAUUUUUUCUUUGCUUUGUUUCAGUAGCUAGCUUUUGUUGGGAAGUGUUGCUUGUGUUGUUUAUUAAUAUUCAUGUAAUCUGUAUUGCUCAAUGUGUUUUUGCUUACGUGAUACAUUACCUAAAUUUAUAGAUUUUGAGAAUAGAUUUCGAACAUGCUUUUGAACAUGUUCAUGUGAGAUUGUA